AUGUCUACCGAAAUCAAUAAAACAAAGCGAAAUCAUGGAGACUCAAUGGUCUCUACCUGGCGGAACGAUAAAUCCCAAUGGGGCUUAUGGCACUGGGUGAUCGAGCUUCUUGGUCUACACCUUAUCGAUCUCAAAAAAGAACCACCCAUUUUCUCGAAGAGUGAGAAAAUUCCCGCCGUGCGGGAAUGGACCCUUCACUUAUGGAUCCUCCUCCACGCCGCGAUCCCACUUGCCAUUCACCAUGCAUAUACCGCGUACACAGGACAGAAUCUCAAUGUCUUGGCCGCAUUUGCUCUCUAUUCAACUGCAUUCAAGUUGAACGGAAUCCACGAAAUGCACAUCAUGCGUCGUCUGGGUCAAGUCUACGGCUUCUUAGAUGGCGACAAGCACCCCCGAGACGAGAUCCCCGACGUCGGCGUCGGCAAGGUCAUUCGAGAACUCAUUCGGACAAGACCCCCCGAUUCGCUCCAGUGGAAAUGGCUACCACUUGAGAUCGGCAUCUACAGCAUCACGGUCGACUUCUGGUUCUACUGGUAUCAUCGCACGAUGCAUGCAACAGGCCCUUUCUGGAAAUUCCACCGCAAGCAUCACUUGACAAAGCACCCCAACCCCCUUCUAUCUGCGUACGCCGAUCAUGAACAGGAGUUUAUGGAUAUCACCGGAAUUCCGUUGAUGGCGUAUGGGACAAUGAAGCUCAUGAGCAUGCCAAUGGGUUUCUAUGAGUGGUGGGUGUGUUUUCAAUACAUCGCCUUCUCUGAGUUCAUCGGCCACAGCGGACUGAGGAUCCACGGCGGCGCGCCGUCCACACUCAAUUGGUUAUUGGAGAUUUUUGAUGCAGAGCUGGUGAUUGAAGAUCAUGACCUUCAUCACCGGUACGGAUGGAGAAAAAGCCAUAACUAUGGAAAGCAAACUAGACUCUGGGACCGAAUUUUUGGGACUUGCCGUGAUCGGAUCGAAAGUGUCAAGGAUAAUGUUGACUACGAGAACCGGGUGACAAUGCCGCUGAUCUGA